GGAGGAUAGGGAUAGGGUCCAGAGUGACCUAGACAAAUUGAAGGAUUGGAUUAAAAGAAAUCUGAUGAGGUUCAACAAGGACAAGUGCAGAGUCCUACACUUAGGAUGGCAGAAUCCCAUGCACUGAUACAGGCCGGGGACCAACUGGCUAAGUGGCAGUUCUACAGAAGAAGACCUGUGGAUUACAGUGGAUGAGAAGCUGGAUAUGAGUCAACAGUGUGCCCUUGUAGCCAAGAAGGCUAACGGCAUAUUGGGCUGAAUUAGUAGGAGCAUUGCCAGCAGAUCGAAGGAAGUGAUUAUUCCCCUCUAUUCGGCACUGAUGAGGCCACAUUUGGAAUACUGCAUCCAGUCUUGGGCCUCCCACUACAGAAAGGAUGUGGACAAAUUGGAGGGCAAUGAAAAUGAUUAGUGGGCUGGGGCACAUGACUUAUGAGGAGGCGCUGAGGGAACUGGUCUUAUUUAGUCUGCAGAAGAGAAGGGGAGCAGGGAUUUGAUAGCAGCCUUCUACUACCUGAAGGGGUUCUCCAAAGAGGAUGGAGGUAUGCUGUUCUCAGUGGUGGCAGAUGACAGAACAAGGAGCAGUAGUCUCAAGUUGGAGUGGGGGAGGUCUUGGUUGGAUAUUAGGAAAAACUGUUUCACUAGGAGGGUGUUGAAGCACUGGAAUGGUUUACCUAGAGAGGUGGUGGAAUCUCCAUCCUUAGAGGUUUUUAAGGCCUGGCUUGACAAAGCUGUGGCUGGGAUAUUUUAGUUGGGGUUGGUCCUGCUUUGAGCAGGGUUUGGACUAGACGACCUGCUGAGGUCUCUUCCAACCCUAAUCAUCUAUGAUUCUAUGAUGAAUGUUAUUGUAUAAGAAUCUGCAUAGAAUAGAGGUCCACAGUGCAAGAAUCUGUUCUCUUCCCAUGAAGGCACAACAAAAAGAAGACAUCUGGAGUGUCUGAAUGUGAGAAGAAUAUACUAAAUUAUUGUGCAUCCUGCCUAGCAAUGCUUGCCUGCGAGGCUGUGUCUGAACAUCAAUGGCCCAAUUCAAUGCCCACUGAAAUCAAUGGGAAUAUUUCCAUGGAUAUCAAUGGGCUUUGAAUUGGGCCCUAAAAUAGCUUUCCUCAAGCUAUGACCAUGGCAGCCAACUCACUGCCUACUCAUAAUGGGGAAGCAAGAGACAGAGUUGAGUCCUGUGGUGACUGAGACCCCAGCUGAGCACAGAGACACACAAGCAGAGAAAGAGGACUGCCAAAAAUGUUUGCCUUGUGGUGGGCUGAGCAAAGCCCCAGCAAAAGGUAAAGCUGCAUUACACUGCAAAAUACAUCCUUUCCAUGGAAAAUACUGUUUUUCUUGAAUGAUCCUGUGCCAUAGAAGGAGACCUUUCCUUGAAAAAGGCGUUUUUGGUCGUUAGCACAUACACAACAGAGAUCCCUUCUGACAGAUGAACAGAAAUAAUAACACAGCAAAACAUUGAGAUGUUGCCAGGUAAUUCAAUAGACAGAAAUUAUCCCAGAGAGUGCAAUGAUGCUGGAAUUUGAAGCAGAGAAUAGUUUAUUUUAAUCUUUAUUUUUCUCUUGUUUGUUGAACUUAGGGGCAAGAGAGAAAUUUAAGUUAUUUACCACUCCCCAAACAAUUUUGAUUUCUCAUAAUGACAACAUCUAUUGAUAGGGACAUUCAACUACUUAGUGAUCCUGGCCAUCUUAUUGACUAUGAAAGCAGCUAUGCUGGAUUUUAUUUUUAAAUACACACAUACAGAAUACUCAGCUGACCUGUUGGACUAAAAACCCAGCAGUAACUGUCAAAGCUGACAAAUACACAACAAACAUACAACUCAGAAAAACAUGAAGUAUGGCAUUUUCCCAUUUUGGCACUUUCAGUCCUAAUGUAGUUCAUGUGUGUGUGAGAGGGGGAGAGUGCGUGCGUGCACACAUACACAACAAAGUAUAAAUUAGUCCUAUAAAACUUCAUAUAGCUGAGCUACAAAUAAAAUUUUGCUCCUUUCAUGCUAGGAAGGACUUCAGAAAUUAUCUUUUUCUUAUCUCAUUCGGUGGCGCAUACACAUAUAUAAAUAACUGAAGUAACUACCAGAUGUCUUUUCUCACAUUUUUUCCCAAAACCAUGCCAAUAAACAGCAAACAAGGAGUGAGCACAGAGCUGUGCUCAUUUCUAACUAAUCAUUUCCAAAAGUAGUACAAUAAGGAUACAUCAAAAUCAUGAAGAGCCACUUAAUAGGAAUUCUUUUGAGCUUCUGGGUUGCUGUCUCACCUGCUUUGUAUUUUCAUUCAGGGGAAAGAGAGGAGAAAUGCAUAAUAGAAGACAUUCCAAGUGAUACCUUGAUUACUGGGAGUUACAAGGUACAGCAAUGGGAUGUGCAUGAACACAGGUUUCUUGAAUCUGCUCCUGGUUUGGGAAUGUUUGUGACCAUUACAACUCCUACUAAGGAGCUACUGUUGUCAAAAUUGUAUGGUCCACAAGGAACAUUCUCUUUUACGUCACACUUACCUGGGGAGCAUAAUAUCUGUUUGCAGUCUAACUCCACAAAGCUUAUCUCAUUUGGAGGAAGUAAACUGCGUAUCCACUUGGACAUUAGAGUUGGAGAACAUUUUCUUGAUGAAGCUAUCGCUCAAGCCAAGGACAAAGUUAAUGAGGUUAACUUUAGACUCGGACAUCUAAUUGAGCAAAUUCAUCACAUAUCCAAAGAACAAAACUAUCACAGAGAACGUGAGGAGUACUUUCGAUUGACAAGUGAAGAAACUAACAACAAUAUCCUGCGGUGGGCUCUUGCACAAACACUGAUCCUUAUCUUAGUUGGAUUCUGGCAAAUGAAAUGUCUUAAAGAUUUCUUUAUUGCUAAAAAGCUUGUUUAAGACUGAUAGAAGUGAAUACACUUCUAAAUUAUUCAACAUAUAAUGCAUAAUGUCUACAUCA